CCGCCGCGUAAUUAGCCUUCGUGCUCCCAAAGCGCGCCGCCGCCACCGCCGCGCCCGACGCAGCGAUGGGCAACACCGUGCAUAGGACCCCGCCAGACUCCAGCCCGCCAGCGCGCCUCCUGGCCACCCGGCCGUGCUGCGGCCCCGGCCCCGAGCGCCGCCCGGUCCUGGGCGAGGCGCUGCGCUUCCACGCGCAGGCCAAGGGCAAGAACGUGCGGCUGGACGGCCACUCGCGCCGGGCCACGCGGCGCAACAGCUUCUGCAACGGCGUCACGUUCACGCAGCGGCCCAUCCGGCUGUACGAGCAGGUGCGGCUGCGCCUGGUGGCCGUGCGCCCCGGCUGGAGCGGCGCACUGCGCUUCGGCUUCACGGCGCACGACCCAUCGCUCAUGAGCGCCCACGACAUCCCCAAGUACGCCUGCCCUGAUCUGGUCACGCGGCCUGGCUACUGGGCCAAGGCGCUGCCCGAGAACCUGGCGCUGCGCGACACCGUGCUGGCCUACUGGGCCGACCGCCACGGCCGCGUCUUCUACAGCGUCAACGACGGCGAGCCCGUGCUCUUCCACUGCGGCGUGGCCGUGGGCGGCCCGCUCUGGGCGCUCAUCGACGUCUACGGCAUCACCGACGAGGUGCAGCUCCUCGGUACCCUGCAGUCCAGUCCUGCGACCACAACUCCAUCAGGAUCCCUCAGCGGCUCCCAGGAUGAUAGUGAUUCAGAUAUGACCUUCAGUGUCAACCAGUCCUCCUCAGCAUCUGAGUCAUCCCUGGUGACAGCCCCCAGCUCACCAAUGAGUCCCCCGGUGUCACCGGUGUUCCCCCCACCCGAGCCAGCAGGUGGCAAGAAUGGCGAGUGCACAGUGUGCUUCGACGGUGAGGUGGACACGGUCAUCUACACAUGUGGACAUAUGUGCCUGUGCCACAACUGUGGUCUGCGGCUCAAAAGGCAGGCCCGGGCCUGCUGCCCCAUCUGCCGGCGGCCCAUCAAGGACGUCAUUAAGAUCUACAGGCCAUAGCCUGGCCUGCCGACAGGCCUUGGCUAGAGCAAGGUCACCUUUCUGAAGCCCUCCUGGGUCAGGCAACUACCAUGCAGCCAGGGAGUCCAAGGGCAGCAGCCAUCUUGUCUGCCACUCUGCAAUGGUGGGCAAGGCAGGACAGUUGUGGAGAUGAGGCCCCGGGGAUCUGAGCCCAGGCAAGGGUUGCUUCCGGCUCAGAAGUGCUUUGUCCCCCAAAGGCUGUCCCAAGAGCAAGCUCAGGAACUGCCUGGCAGAUCACCCUGUCCCCUGGUGACCUUUCAGCUGGGAAACAGCGUCCUCUGUCUGUGCAAUGCUUCUUUCUGGGGUUAGGUCGAGUGUGUAUGUGAGAAAAGGAGGGAAGGGAGGGAGCCAGAGAAUAGAGAAUGUGUGUGUGUGAGAGAGAGAGAACACACAGGGAUUUUAUCCAGGGAUCCUGGCUCUAGGAGGUUACUGAACACUAAGGAAUGUGCAAUCCAGAGCCCAGAUGUUAGCGUGACUAGAAAUCGUUCACUUUCUGAGGAUGGGACAUAAGCUGGUUUUGAAUGUAUGAAGCCUGAACCUAAACAGAACUCCCUUGGAUGGUAUAGAAAAGAGACACUUGUUUUCUAAGGCGAAGCAGAAAUAACUCACUGUUUACAGCUCUAAUGCAGCAACUCCUUGGGGGAAAGGUGGGCGGAUAACAUAAGAGAAAAUUCACUUUUUUUUUGUUUCUUGGAGCCUAGUUUUGAUGGGUGCUGUGGCAGAGUGCCCUGGGCUGCCUCCUCCUCUCACACCUUCACCUGCAGACAGUCUAAUAAUAAGCACAUUGCACCUUGA